AUGUCUGUCCAGACAUGGCCCGUCUCGGCACAAUCACACCCACCUCACCACUCCAGACAUGGCCCGUCUCGGCACAAUCACACCCACCUCACCACUCCAGACAUGGCCCGUCUCGGCACAAUCACACCCACCUCACCACUCCAGACAUGGCCCGUCUCGGCACAAUCACACCCACCUCACCACUCCAGACAUGGCCCGUCUCGGCACAAUCACACCCACCUCACCACUCCAGACAUGGCCCGUCUCGGCACAAUCACACCCACCUCACCACUCCAGACAUGGCCCGUCUCGGCACAAUCACACCCACCUCACCACUCCAGACAUGGCCCGUCUCGGCACAAUCACACCCACCUCACCACUCCAGACAUGGCCCGUCUCGGCACAAUCACACCCACCUCACCACUCCAGACAUGGCCCGUCUCGGCACAAUCACACCCACCUCACCACUCCAGACAUGGCCCGUCUCGGCACAAUCACACCCACCUCACCACUCCAGACAUGGCCCGUCUCGGCACAAUCACACCCACCUCACCACUCCAGACAUGGCCCGUCUCGGCACAAUCACACCCACCUCACCACUCCAGACAUGGCCCGUCUCGGCACAAUCACACCCACCUCACCACUCCAGACAUGGCCCGUCUCGGCACAAUCACACCCACCUCACCACUCCAGACAUGGCCCGUCUCGGCACAAUCACACCCACCUCACCACUCCAGACAUGGCCCGUCUCGGCACAAUCACACCCACCUCACCACUCCAGACAUGGCCCGUCUCGGCACAAUCACACCCACCUCACCACUCCAGACAUGGCCCGUCUCGGCACAAUCACACCCACCUCACCACUCCAGACAUGGCCCGUCUCGGCACAAUCACACCCACCUCACCACUCCAGACAUGGCCCGUCUCGGCACAAUCACACCCACCUCACCACUCCAGACAUGGUCCGUCUCGGCACAAUCACACCCACCUCACCACUCCAGACAUGGCCCGUCUCGGCACAAUCACACCCACCUCACCACUCCAGACAUGGCCCGUCUCGGCACAAUCACACCCACCUCACCACUCCAGACAUGGCCCGUCUCGGCACAAUCACACCCACCUCACCACUCCAGACAUGGCCCGUCUCGGCACAAUCACACCCACCUCACCACUCCAGACAUGGCCCGUCUCGGCACAAUCACACCCACCUCACCACUCCAGACAUGGCCCGUCUCGGCACAAUCACACCCACCUCACCACUCCAGACAUGGUCCGUCUCGGCACAAUCACACCCACCUCACCACUCCAGACAUGGCCCGUCUCGGCACAAUCACACCCACCUCACCACUCCAGACAUGGCCCGUCUCGGCACAAUCACACCCACCUCACCACUCCAGACAUGGCCCGUCUCGGCACAAUCACACCCACCUCACCACUCCAGACAUGGUCCGUCUCGGCACAAUCACACCCACCUCACCACUCCAGACAUGGCCCGUCUCGGCACAAUCACACCCACCUCACCACUCCAGACAUGGCCCGUCUCGGCACAAUCACACCCACCUCACCACUCCAGACAUGGUCCGUCUCGGCACAAUCCCACCACCUCACCACUCCAGACAUGGCCCGUCUCGGCACAAUCACACCCACCUCACCACUCCAGACAUGGUCCGUCUCGGCACACCCCCUGAGAGCUGGUCUAACACACCCCCUGAGAGCUGGUCUAACACACCCCCUGAGAGCUGGUCUGACACACCCCCUGAGAGCUGGUCUAACACACCCCCUGAGAGCUGGUCUGACACACCCCCUGAGAGCUGGUCUAACACACCCCCUGAGAGCUGGUCUAACACACCCCCUGAGAGCUGGUCUGACACACCCCCUGAGAGCUGGUCUAACACACCCCCUGAGAGCUGGUCUGACACACCCCCUGAGAGCUGGUCUAACACACCCCCUGAGAGCUGGUCUAACACACCCCCUGAGAGCUGGUCUGACACACCCCCUGAGAGCUGGUCUAACACACCCCCUGAGAGCUGGUCUGACACACCCCCUGAGAGCUGGCUGAUGUGUGGAUAUGGAUAG